AUGAAUGUUUUGGAAUGGAAUUCAAAACCUUUUCCAGACAAUUUCAGAUCAAAAUUAAAUGAAUCAGAAGUUUUAAAAUUGGCUUACAAUUUUAAUUUGUCUUUACCAGAUUCUGACUUGUAUGUAAUGGAAACAUUUUCUAUAAGAGGAAAAGAAUUACAUAAUAAAAUAAAUGAAAUUCAUUUAUCAUCCAUGCUUAUAGUAUUAUUAAAUGGAAUUAACAAAGAAUUCGAUUUGGAAGAAAAAGUUUUUUUUCAAAAACAAAGCGUCAUCAACCAUUUAUUUAGUUUGUUAAUUGGAAAUGAUAGAACAUCAUCCAGUAAUGCUGUUAAUAGUAUUAUAAAAGAAUUAGAAAUGCAUAAUUACAUAAAAACAUUAACAGAUAAAUGUUCUAAUGAUAAUUUCACAAUUCAAAUACCACCAAAGUGUAUUGAAUCAUACAUUGUUUCAAAUGAUGUAAAGAAAGAAGAUUUAGCAAUUUCAUUUCUACUCACAUUAUCUUUUAUAAAAGUUAACAUUUUACAAAAUGAAACGACAUUUGAAAAAUUGAAUUCGUCAAAAUGGCAACUUAAAAAAGAAGCAACUGUAGAAUAA